GUGUUAAGUUGUGUAUUAAUCACUUUAUCAGUCAGAUUUAAUAGCAGUUAUUUGUGGUGUUCAAUGCUAGAAAGGAGCACAACGUUAAAGUUAAAAUGGCGGAAUGUAACAAGGCAAAUGGCUUCGCUGUUUUCUAGAUCGUCCUCCAUUUUGGAUUGAGCAACUAACCAAUACACACACACACAAACGCACACACACUUGUACCAUUGCCUCCUGAACUGUAAUGCUGAUGUACAUGAAGCAAGUCUAAUUUUUGCUUUUUAGCUGUAAAGUCAGAACACUGAUCAAGAUGAAGUGGAGAAGUUUGUUCUUUCUUUUUACCUGCUUGCUGAUGCAGAAAUUGGUCUCCGGCGAUGGAGAACCAUUUACGUAUAGAAGGACACCUACUGGCUAUGACUUGACGUGCAGUGGUGGCAAAUGGGAAUCUGAAAAUUUAAAUAACACGCUCCCUUUAGAAUACAAAGAUGAAAAUUCUAAAGAGUAUGUGUGUCGGCCUGAAAAGGGUGAUCCCAUACAGCUGCUAGUCCAGUUCAGAACUUGUGAAAAUUGUAUUGAUUUGGACAUAACUGCCUUGAGUUUUGUCAUCGUGGGGAACCUUUUGGCCACCGUUCUCAUCGCCUGGGCGGUUUAUAGCAUUACUGGGCAGCCCAAAGGCAGAAACUUCUCUGGCAACAAAGCAUCAGAUAAAGUGAAUCUAAUCUCGAAUGGAGAAAGAGACACAUAUCAGCAACUGACUCCAGGUCAGAAUUCUGAGUACAGCGGGCUGGUGGGAGUCAGAAAGAAAUGAUCAUCUUCAUAAUCAUCAUCACUUUCAUAUGACGCCAUCUUUAAAUUCAGAUUUGAGUCAGCUGGUUAUGGGAACUCCGUCUGUUCGUAUAAAAAUACAUUUUAUUAUACGUAUGCAUACUAUUUUUUACACUUUUGUCCUUCAGUAUCAUAGUUAAGCAGUAGCCUUGAUGAGUUUCGUUAAUGCUGGUUAUUAAUUUACAGUACUCUGUUUAUGUUCUUAAAUUUAUUAACAUACUUAAGGCUAGAAAAGAAUGCUACUCUUUUAUUUGAUUGCAUGUUGAAUUAAUAUCGAUUACGCAGAAAUGACAGGUAUUUUAAUAUUAAAGUAAUUCCAAAUGUAUGAACGUUACUUGUAUAUGGAUGUUACGGCACAGUUUGGGUAAACAUCGUAAACUAGUGUAGUAAGUCACAUGUCUAACUGGACUUAAUGGUGUUGACUGUAAUUGAUCGAGUUUGAUGGAUUGAAGAAAAUCGAUCAGUUUUUGUACUUACGUGAAGUUGAAGGUCAGUUUUCGCAAACAAACUGUCUUGUUUAGCUCGCUACUUUACAGAUUUUACUAUUAGAGGCUAUUAGAUAUAUUAUACUAGUUAUAAAUCUAUCUUUUAAAUUUGCCUUCUUGUGAUUAGCUUGAAUUAUGUAAGUAUUCAAACAAUCCGGGUCGUGCUGUUACAGUAAAAUUAUCAACGAUGGGGUGGCGUGAUGAAGCGGAGUUACUGUUACCACCCUGAAGUUGAUUAUUUUCCUAUAACAGCACAUCCCGAAGUGUGUUAUUCCUCUUAUACCACAGCAAUUUGCCAACAAUUAAAAUUUUGCAUCGAAAUUCCUUUAAAAAAAAAAAAAAAAAAAAAAGCAAUGUCAUAUUACCUACAAACCGCAAAGUGACAGCAUACUCAUGGCGGGAAACUGAAACUUAUAGCUUUAAAUGCUGACAUUGGAGACUCCUUCCAUUAAUGUUAAACAAAUAUUUCCUUACAGAAAAACUUAGCUUAUGUAACACGUUCACCAUAUGAGUCUGUAUGAAUUAGUGGUUACUAUAAAUAUACGAUAUGUAGCUUCAAUAUUAUCAGAGGUAGUGUUAUUGAAAAUUAAUCAUCUGACCAAUCAUAAUCCAGAAUUCAACAUUGCUGUGUUUUACAGAUCCAAAACAGAUUGGAUUUUUGCUAAAAUUAGACUAACUGAUGUACAGUGAUUUUGUGUGAGGUGGGGGUAAAAAUUCAGCAUUAAUUGUUCUCAAAUCUCAUCAAAAUAUUCAUCAGUUUGUGUACACGGGAACACGAUCGAAUUAGGUGUUAAGCAAGGUUAAGUCAGUUUAUUAAAAGGUUUUGUAUUUAAAAAUGAUUCAAAUCCAUUUAGCAAAGUGGUCAAGGGAAGAAAGAUCCGAGUCGACCUACAGAAGUGGCAAAGCAGAACAAUCAAAAUAGAAUUUGAAAAGGGGCCGAGUAAAGAAAGCAAAGCAAAACAAAGAUCGUUAAAGAAGUGAGCAGGUAAAGAACAGUCAAAGCAGCCUUGGAGAAGAGGUACGUCUCUGCGUAUACUAAGCGAAACUGUUUUUAUUUUCCCAGAUUGUUCUUCCUUCUUUCUGAAUGGAGUGUUAGCAUAGAAUUAGCAUUGCACCAAUUUUAUUUCAGUUAUUAACUCUGAAUUACAGACUCAUGCUGAGAAUUUUAUUCCCCCUCAUCAAGUCUAUUUUUUUAAAAGUGCGAGUGUUUACCUCAGUACUGUUGGUGAAUGGUGACUAGCAAGCUAAGAUUACAAGUAUUAUUUGACAACCUGGCCAUUUAGCGAGUUGGUUUAGUUGGAUAAAUACGAUUGAUCAGGUACUUGGAGAAUCACCUGUUUUAUUUUUUUUAACUAUUAUUUUUAACAUAUUUCCUCAAAGUGUGAAGAUUUUUUUCUGUAUUUAAUACUGUUCCUGUAAUUGCUAUUAUAGAUUCAGAUAAAACUAUGUUUGUUCUUGAAAAAGAUGCCAAACGUGUGAGUGCAAGAUUUUGUAAUAUAAAACAGCGACCUGAGAUUUAAUGGAUUCAGUUACAAUUAUUGUAGAUAUGAAAAAGAUGAAAGGCUAUUUGGUUAUCUUUUCUUUUUGUGAUGCUUGUAAACCUAAUAAAGUAGAAAAAGAUGA